UUUGUAAUAAGUUUAUUGGCAUAUUUUACCAAAAAAAAAAUAAAAUAUGAUGUUUUAAUGGAGGAAGCCAGAAAGAAGAAAAAGCGGAGAUGGAUAAGAAAGAGAGUUAUCAACAAUACUGGUUGAAAAACAAAUACAUGAAUUAUUGUCCCAAGAAAGGGGAACGUUACAUGCCAACAUUACUUGAACAGUUGGCCAAUUGUUUUACUCAUGGGGUAGGUAUUAUUCCUGCAAUUAUUGCUGUUUGGAAGAUGUUGGAAAGAUCUUUAACAAAUGAACAACUAUUUUGCACGAUUCUUUAUGGAACUGCAUUUAUUUCUUUAUUUAUUGUAUCAACAACAUUUCAUGUUCUUUCAUUAGCACACAGGAGUACUGUUUGCUGUCAUAUAUUUCAUUUGGGUGAUCGUUUUAUUAUCUAUAUCUAUAUUGCUGCUACAUAUACUCCAUGGUUUCUUCUGCAGUGUAAUGAAGAGUAUGGCGCCAGUUCGUCAAAUUUAGUUUGGUUGUUUGCUUUUAUUGGGGUUUCAUACACUAUGUUUUACCAUGAGAAGUACAAAAUGUUUGAGACAAUUAUGUACUUGUUCCAUGGAUUUUUUCCUGCUGCUUUGCUUGCAAAGUUGUCUACAAAAGGUUUUUUCGAACUCGCUUUUGGUGGAUUACUUUAUGUGAUUGGUGUGUUCUUUUUCAAAAGCGAUGGAAAAAUACCAUUUGCUCAUGCAGUGUGGCACAUAUUUUCUUUGACUGCUGCGUGGAUUCACCAUUUUGCAAUAUGGACACACUUAUAUUAACUAUCAAUAUUUUAUUCUUAUCAACGCAUGAAAAUAAGAAUGCUUUUUUUUUAUAUAUAUAUUAUAACGUUCAGAUUUAGACUGGUUUUUCAGAUAGCCAAUUGGCUGCUUUCUCCAUUCCUUGCAAGUAGUCUUUAAUGUUAAUUUGUUUUUAAUUUUUUUAUUGAUUUACAGAAUUUUAUUUUUCUAUAUUUUCAAUCACUUAUUAUUGAUUAUUUUUAAUCCCAUAUUAUCAUUUGUAAUCGUGAUUUUGAAUACUCUGUCAACAUAUAGAUACACAUACAUACUUUUACAUUAUUUAGUUAUCAAAACAUAUUCCGCUAACAAUGAGCUUUACAAUUUUAAAUUUAAUUAACUUUAAGUUUAUAAGUUUUAUAUUUUUGGUUUUUUAUUCAUGUUUUUUAUUUUAAUUUAAUUGUAAUUCGAUUGUGUUAAACACUUAACACAAUCGAAUCAUAACGGUUAUUCGAAUUUAGAUUUAUUUUUUGUUUCAAAUUUUUUAUACAACUAUUUAUUGUUUUUUAUUAAAGAAAAAUUUCAUUUAUAAA